AUGGUCAAAGCACGAAAACGGAGUACCUGUACCGAGUGCAGUUUACGACGCCAGCAGUGUGAUAGGAGGCUCCCGUGCGGGCGAUGCAUCAAGCGUGGGAUUCCGGAUAAGUGCCAGUUAAACUGGCAGGAAGGCAGAUACGACCCUUCGAAACAUCGAGCUUAUCCAUCCAGACAUCGCGAUUUCAGACCGACUCCACCUGCAGGCAACGCAGAGCAACCAGCCGACUUAGGUCUGCUCCAAGGUUUACCAGGACAGGAAGUGUCGCUCGAACCCGAGGAGUCUUGGGGAUCAUUCAGCUCCAGUGCGGCACAUCCGCGAUAUGUUUUUACGCCGUACGAAAGCAAACAGCUCCGGAAGAGCGCUACUGGAGUUCAUAGUGGAAUUGGAACCUCGAUCUUCUCUUCGGCUGGGCCUAUGUCGUCUCUGCCGUCUACUAGAGCCCUCCACGAAGCAUAUCUACAGAUGCUAAUGCCAAGUCUUGAUCAUAUCUGGAAGUUGGUCAACUAUCACGAAGCUUACCUCCUGUGGUAUCAUUGUUGUUAUCAUGGGCCAACAUUUCGAUCGGAACUCGAAAGUGUGAUUGCAGAGCAAAAGGAUAAGACAACACUGCUGGUUAGCGACCUAGAUGGUCAAUGGCUCGCCCUCCUGUUCUCGAUAAUGGCUGGUAGCCUUACGUGCACAGCUGAGUGGCGACUUCGAGAUUGGGGCUUUUCCCAACAGGAGGCUGUCAAGUUGUCCAUGCAAUGGUAUAGAGCAUCCAUCACAUGUCUAAAUUAUGGAGAAUGGACAUCUGAGCAUAAACUAUACUCUGUGCAGGCCGUCACUACCUUGGCCAUGUCCGCUCACUCCCUCGGCCAAUCUAGUGAGCUCUCCAUUCUUCUUGGGGCAGCAUUGAAGAUCGCACAAACUCUUGGGCUUGAUAAAAUUAGUCAUGACGCAGUCGUGGACAAGAUUGACGAGCGUUCUUCCAAUGACCAACGGCACCGCUCACUGAACCGCGAGAUUGGUCGGAAGUUAUGGUCACAAUUAUGUGUCCAAGACUGGAUGUCGCUGCCGUUCGCCGGAAGCCAUCAUAUCAAUCCAUCUCAUUUUACGACGACAAAGCCAUCAAGUCGGAAUCACUUGACAAUGGAAUACUUGCCAGCUACAUUCCCAACUUAUAUCAGCUAUGGAAACUAUAUUUUUGAAAUCGCAAAACUGGUCGUGGGGCAUCACGAGGCAACAUUGCAAUCUACCACCCCAUUCACCAAAUAUCAGCAUGUCCUGGACUAUGAUGCUCAAAUGAGAAACCUUGCUACGAAGGGCAUGCCUCGAUAUUUCCACGUUGUCGAACCUGUGGAUGCUUUGUGGCCGGAAUGGGUUCACUGGGCGAGGUCGAGCCUUACCGUUUGCUUUGCACACAAGAUCAUCAUGAUUCAUCGCGCCUUUAUACGACAAAGCUUCACUAAUCCAGUCUACUCUAUGACAAGAGUUACCUGCAUUGCGGCAGCGAAGACCAUUCUGAAUGAGGCAAAGAAAGCCAAGGACUCGAACGGCCCAAUCAUCUGGAUCGAUAAAGGAUUUUGCGUGGCCGCCGCGGUUAUACUUUGCCUAGACAUAUUCCAUCGUAAAGAGUCCGACCCAGAGCUUUCUAUCCAUAAGGGGCUUGUUGUGGAAUGCAUUGAACAGCUUCACAAAUUCGAAAGUAGUGCUAUUGCUGUACGAGGAGCUAGCUUACUAGCUGGAAUUCUCGCACAUGGAAACAGCGCCAGAAACGGUUCGGACUGGCCGCCCCUAAGUAUUGACACCCGUGAGAUACUAAAAUUAAUACCAGAAGUUUCUCCCUUACAUGGAGGUGGCGCCUUAGAGGCAUUGGUCGAGUUACUUCCCCCUCAAGCAGGCUUCAGCAAUAUCUUUCUCUCCGAAAAUAUUUUUGGACACAACACCGUAAUAAGCUGA